GCAUUGGGGUCGACGACCUAGCGACAUUGUGAUCAUAGCGCCUUCCCCACCUCAAAACGCGACAGAUCUUCAACCUUCCUCGAAUCCUGUUAGACCCAACAAUCCGGCCUCUAGCAACCGUGUUGGUCGUAAGACUGACUGCGCCGAUCGACGGUGCCAGCUCCACAAUAAACCCUUGAACAUCGCUGAUCGAUUGAUCCACCCGGAGACAAGAUGCGCUUGGUCUUCAGUGAGCCGCCAACCCCGACGCUGAGCCGCCAGAACACCUCUCUGCAGGGGCGACACCACCAACGGCGAUUGACACAUCCGCAUUUGUUGUCGUCGCGAAAGAAGCCAAGAAGAUGGCCGCUGGUCUUCCGCUUCAUCAAGGGCGCUAUCCACGCGCAUAUCUUGCUACCGGUCUUUCUGCAUGCCAUAUUCACGGCGUUCGUUGUCUACCUUGACACUUAUGUUUUUGAAACCGUUGGACUUCCGACCACCAUCAUCCCGUCACUCUCUAUCGUUGUGGGUUUGAUGCUCGUCUUCCGCAACCAAACCUCGUACAACAGGUUCUGGGAUGGUCGCAAUGCAAUGAGCACGAUGAACACCUGCUUGAGAAACUUGACCCGCACCAUCAUGACCAACAGCUACAGCUCAACCCGUGGCCCUCCCACCCUCGCCGAGCGCGAAGAUAUCGAACGUACCAUCCGCAUCCUGAUGGCCAUCCCCUUCGCAGUCAAGAAUCAUCUGCGCGCCGAAUGGGGAGCAGCCUGGGCUAUUGGUGGUGCGUUUGGAAAUGACGUGGAUGCGCGCGGGGGUGCGGCGUAUAACCCCGACUACGCGGGCUUGCUUCCAGCUGGACUGGAGGGUCAUGAGGAUGAGGGACUGGGGCUCCCGUAUCAACUCACCUUCUUCGUCGAUGGGUUUAUCAAGCGCGGCGAGGAUCGCGGCUGGUUCAACGCGCCUGGUGCGAGUCAAAUGCAAGCACAGCUGAAUACGCUUUUGGACGCAUAUGGGAGAAUGGAGACCAUCAAGCUGACUCCAAUGCCAGUGGCCCAUCUCAUUCACCAGAAACAGGUGCUCGCCCUCUUCGGGUGUGUCUUGCCCUUUGCAAUGGUCGACGAGAUGGGUUGGUGGGCUAUCCCGAUCGUCUGCCUGGUGAUAUUCACACUGUACGGUAUCGAGGGCAUCGGCUCCCAGCUGGAAGAUCCUUUCGGCUAUGAUAGGAAUGACAUCAAAAUGGACGCGCUUGUUGGCGAUACCAAGAUCGAGAUUGACGUUGUCCUCUCGGAGUGGCGGACAUACUCCAAGGCCAUGGAGAGUUCCUGGAAUGGGAAUGAUGGGGCCCACGGUCAUGGAGAGCGAUGCUUGGAUGCUGGCGCUCAACCAGGCGCAAACGGAGAUCAGCAAAAGAAAGAGAAGUACACACCUCCUGAUCUGUUUUUGAGGCUGAGACCACGUACCGUGGGCGAUACCGGACACCGAGAUACCGCAUAAGCAUGCUCUCUAUCCCCUCGGCGGGCUAUGAGAAACAAUCUCGUGUAUCACCUACCACUGUCGAAACACUUCUGAAAGUUCUUCCCUGAGCUCUUUUAAACGAUUUUGCUUUCCGCCACACAAGACAUGUAAUACCCUGUAGACCGCCAGGAAAUUUCUGAAGGCUCGUGUUACUGGCACGGCAGAAAGGCAGCUCGCACGAGAAACUAGCACUCAUUAAGAUACAUCCUGC